UCUUGCAACAACGCUGUCGUGACUUAGUGUAAGGGAAUUUGGUCAUGUAUAUGUAUAUGGCAAACAGGUAUAGACGACUUCCGCUGACAGAGGAGAAACAUAUGGCCUUACACAGGCUUUCAUAAUUCUAGUUUUAGGCAAACGAACAUAGACAGCAGGAGAUAUGGAUGUGUUAAAUACUGUGUUGAUUGUACUGCACGUUUGUUAUGGAGUUAUGUCGCUUUCCAACAGAGCUCAGACCAGUUCAGGCCGAACAAUAGCGUCCUACAACCACAGGCACUCAUUGAGUUUAGACUUAGCCGCCAUCCAGACCGGAUCGUAUCAUCUCCUCAGAGCCCGGACAGGUUGGCAGUGGGCACCACGCACUAACGCAGAGGCUAUAAUAGGCCUGACCCUAGCAAACAACCGCUGGUAUCAUAAAGACAAUGCAGCCACGUACAUUUCUAUACAGGCUAUGGAAAUGGAACUCCUCGCUCAGUUAUCGGUAGACAAGAAGCUCAAGGAUAUACGAUGGUCAAGGGGAAAGUUAGCCCAAUACGUGACGGCAUUGCAGCUAACGUGUCACAAUCCUUCCAAAUUCUUCCGCCACAAUCUUCUACGGCUGCUGAAAGGACACCUACAGAUGUCAGAGACUUUUUUUCGGGCGAACAGAUUUGCUCUGUCCUGGAUUGUUAUUUCAUUGUGCAAUAACAAGAAGGCGGUAGGCAAUACGACACUGGAAAUCAUCAAUGACAGUCCGGGGGAGUAUAAAUUCGGUGUUGAUGAGGCAUCCAUGAUAUUGAUGGCGACCGUUUGUUUGAAUGAAACAGCAGCAAAAUCUGCGGCCGAGAAGUUCAUAGUGGAGGAAAUGAGAAUGAACAUGACGCAAUACAAUGAAUUCACUAUAGGUCUUGCAGUACAGGCAUUGACGGCAGCGAAAGCAGUCCAGGUUGAUGAUAUCAUAUCAACUGCGCGGUAUGAUCUCGGAAAAGCAAUACUGGGAAGCAACUUGCUGGAGUACCCCGGUGCCGCCUCUAACGUGCUUCCUGCGCUAGCUAAGAAGUCAUAUCUAGAUGCCAGUAAAGUCUACUGCCCGAAGAAAGUUAAUAAAAUUAUAAAAGUAAAAUCUAAAGCCUCCAUUACCGUGGAGAUUCGUGUAAUUGAUGACCUCAUCGGUAACACUAGUACGAGCUGGAAUGUGAUAUCACGAAAAGGUUCUACCCUGUACAGCACGAUGAAGGACUUGCAGAAACAGUCUGCUACAUUCAGCUUCAAAUCCGAGCGGACCUCGUUUGGAAAGUCCAUUACUGCAAUUAAUGGAGUGGCCAAGGACAUUGACAAAAAUAUAUCAUGGCGAUUGGAGGACGGUUCCGGCACUGCACUGGCUAAAGGUGUGAGUGAAACAGUGCCGAAGGACGGAGAUGUCUGCACCUUCCGUUUAACAAAAGCUUGAGUAGCAUUUGUGACACAUCGAUAUUGUACAUACAAUGUACUUCAUAUAGUCUGAAAUAAACAUUAAUAUCAAAA